AUGUCACAAAACUUAAACAUUGGUACUGUCGGUACGGGAAUCUUCGCCACGAACAACCACCUCCCGGCUAUCCAGAAACUCAAUGAGAAGUUCACACCUGUGGCUGCGUUCAACAGAACAAAGGCUAAAGCCAUUGAGUUUGCUAAGAAGGCAGACAUCCCGGAGCAAAAUGUUCACGAUACAUUGGAGUCUAUCAUGAGUGACAAGAAUGUCGACGUUUUAGACAUCUUAGUCCCUGUGCAGUUCAACUUGAGCACCCUUGAACAAGCAGUGAGCCAUGGUAAGCCGGCAAUCAUCGAGAAGCCAAUUGCCGCAACUCUUGAUGAUGCAAGGGCCAUUGUGAAACUGGACAAGAGCACCGACAUUCCAAUUGUCAUUGCAGAGAAUUGGCUAUACUUAAAGAUUGGUGAUAUCCUCUUGGAACAGCUUCCAAAGAUUGGCAAUGUGCUAGGUUUCACCUACAGAUAUACUGGUCCUUACAACAAAAGCAACGUUUUCAUGAACACGCCGUGGAGACUGAAACCAGAACACAUUGGUGGAUAUCUAAGUGACGGUGGUGUGCACCAGUUAGCCCUUCUUACUAAAGUUGUUGGUCCAAUUAGUUCUGUCUCCGCGUUGACUAAACAAGUUAGAGAAACUUCUGGCAGUGACGAUAUCUUAUUCUCUACAAUGCACGCAGAGAGUGGUGUUAUCGGUACUUUCACAUACGGUUCCGCAUUUGGGGCCACAGAGAAACUGGGGAGCUUUGUCAUUUACGGUGAUGCCGGAUCCUUAACUGCUGAUUUCAGUGCUGGCAAACCUUUGAAGAUCACCGUGAUGACUGGUGACUCGGCACAGGAAUCAAAGGUUGAAUCUGAAAUCGAAUUUAAGGAAAACGAUACUUUCGGUUUGGCUGAUGAGUUUGAGAAUCUACACGAAGCCGUCACUAAGAAGGACAAAUCUGUCAUCGUCUCUACCCCGGAAAAGGCAUUCCAUCAUUUGGCCAUCGUUGCUGCUGCUUUGGAGUCUUCAAAGAAGGGUGGUGACUCUAUAAAGGUCCAGAAACCAUAG